AUGGUAAUAUGUGCGUGUCUAGUGGCAGCAGCGUGGACCGCAGUUUCAGCUAUCGCACCUCCGCCGGCGGUAGGAACCCUGGUAACUGGGUUCGUGGCAGAGUGGGGAUUCAAGUCGCAUAAAGGUGAAAGACAGCUUACCAGGACGCUACAUAGUCCAGUAUUACACCAAAGUGGUAGUUGGAAUAGCCGCAGCUACGGUAGGCGGCGAUCGAGCGUUAACAGCAAUACUAAUGACAUUCUAGGCGGCGACCGAUUUCUUUUGUUUGGUGACGGUGGGCACGACAAGAUUUUACCUACGCCUAAGGUGUCAGACAAUGGUGGUGCCAAGCAAACGUCCCAUCCGAGGAGGCACGGCGUCAGGCCAGUGGGUGACGAUAACUCCAGAGUUGCGUCAACAGAAAUUAGGGCUGCUGCAAAGACGCAGGCUCGCCGCCAAUCGGGUUGGGAUGACGCGGCAAGUGAACAACCAAAUAGCGUCGACGAGGUUACAGUAAUGUACUCCAAGGGCCUACGUGAGAACUUCACAGCGGUAGACCCGGGGCAUGCGGCUACCAAGCAUAAGAGUGCCGAUGCACACCAUUUGGCGAAGCCAGGGAAUGCAGGAGAUGAAAAUGUGUCAGGACAACAGGAAAGCUCACGGAAGCAAGGCAAUUCCCAUAAGGAGGCGCUAUAUUCCCAGCUGGUACGCCUGUUUGAGUCCGUUGGCCCCGUCAUGCGAACAGAUAAUGCAGGCCUGUAUGAUGAGUUACAGUCUUUUAUUGCAGACCUGAAGUGGGAUGCUUGGGAAGCGGCAGCGGUAUCCCCUGACGGCAUCAAAGAGUUUUAUAGCCUCAAACUCGGCAAGUACAAGUCUUUGGACAUGGGAUUCAGGCGCUACCUUUCCGAACAGAUGAGACGAUCUAAGGAAAGCCUUAACACGUGGCCUCCGAUCUUGAGCAAUGCGCUCACUAGAUUGACGAAAUCGCUGGGUAUGCAGCACCCCCUUGACGUUGACGAAUUCCUUUUGUUGCUUGACGAACUCGUGGACAGAUACCACAAACACGAGAGCGAACGCAGAUCAAAAGUCCUUCAUGCGAUUAAAGACUGGUUGGUGAACACUGCAGUGGCGGCGGUGGAUUUUGUGCUCCCUUUGAAGCCCGCUGAGCGGCUUGUGGGGGCACUAUCGAUCACGAAGUCGGUAUUCAAGUGGAUUGCUUCACAAAUAUUGCGGCACGACGGAGUAUACUUUACCUUUAAUGAGUUCGGUUUGUUCAAGUACUAUGAAAUGACAAAGUCAUACAUCCACGUACCUGAUGGCGACUCGUGGCCUCAGGAUUGCCAGCCACUUGCCCCACCGGGGGGUGGCACCUGGAAGCUGACAUUCCUAGGCUCGGGUUCUAGGAAGGCAUCCAAAACGCGUGUAACAUCUUCCAUAGUGUUCGCACGCUCUGGCGUGGAGCACCUGUGGUUGUUUGACUGCGGAGAAGGGUCCAUAAUACGCCUCUACGCUACAGGAUACAGCGACAGGCGUGUACGAAAAAUCUUCCUCACUCACUUGCAUGGCGACCACUCCUUUGGAUUAUUCUCGUUCCUCAGUUCAGUUCCAGGUGCUACCCCGAUUGAAGUGUACGGUCCUUCGGGCACCGCUCAAUUUAUCGCAAACGUACUUUCAUCGACUUCAAAAUCUCAACAGUUACGGUCAUUAGUCGUGCACGAACUUGUUGCUCCUGGAAAUGAAGCGAGUGCACGCAAUGAGCGAGAGAAUUCAGAGAAAUCGUUCAAGAUAAACUAUCUCUACCCUGACGAUAAUAUGCAUUACGUUGCCCAUGAGGAUGACACGUGCGUUGUUAAGGCUGCGCCCCUGGUCCACACCAUCAACACUGUGGGUUACGUCGUCCAGGAAAAGAUGGUGGGACAACGUUAUUGUACCGUGGGGUCUCCCGAACCAGUGGUGGUGUCCGCAGAAUCCGGAGAUGAUGAUAAGUGUAGCAAGGCGUCGGUGCACACGAGCCAAUCAAGGUUGCCGCGCAAAUUUGUCAUAUGUCAGGACACGGCGGACAGCCGGCUGCUGCAGCCAUUAGCCAUGGACGCAGACGUGUUAAUCCAUGAAUCCACCAUCAACAUGCCAACCAACGCUGGUUCAGAAAUGUUGCUGCGCCUAACCAGGCAUGUGUCAUCUGAUCCGAUGAAACGAACAACCAUGCGAAUGCUGGAUCAGCUAUUGCAAACAGAAGAAAUGAAGUUUCAAAUGUGCCACAGCACAUUAAGUAAUAUACACUACUACUACAAUCGCAAGAUUCGCGCAUUGCGCGAUGUUAUACAGCGCCAGGAAACGCUUGAUGAGGCGCUGAACCACCCAGAUGAAGCGCCGGAAGAUAACCCUGCAUCGCAGCCCGCAGCUGGUGGCACGAAUUCCACUGCAGACAACGACAAUGACCUCCAGGAAAAGCGUAAGCCCAGUUGGACAACCAUGGUUAGAAAGCUUAUUGGAGAACUCAAGUUGUACACCGAGACACAAGUCGCUGCGAAGAUUGUGGGUAACGUGGUGCGUCUUGUCGCUCUUAUCAAUGAACUCACCGGAGUUUCCCUGGCCGGUAAAGACCAACCAAAGAGUCGGGUGAUGCAAAGGAAUAUGCGUGCCAUGGCGUCUCAGCUACUGCGAGAAAACGGGAUUCAGGUAGAUCGCAAGAUCGAUGCCACUGGGGAGGCGGAUAAUUCGAAAGCCAGCGAGUCCAUAGAUCGUAUGGCGCCGCUUAUUUUUCAAUACUGGUCCGAUGUUAUGGGGUUGCAGUUGCCUGUGCUAGAGCAAGGCAAUUACAGCCGCCUAGAAUGGGAGCAGCUCUACAACGCCUAUGCACGUUUCAAUGGCCACUCGACAUGUCUCCAGGCGGGCGAAUUUGCGUCGAGUAUUCGUGCGCGCAAGCUUAUUCUGACGCACUUCUCGCAAACCUGCCCCGAUGGUCCCCAAAGCGAGCACAUACUCACCAUGACCAGGAUUGCUCACGCCGCCUUGCGUGGCUACCGCCGUCACCAGGCCGUUAAGGACGGUCAUAAGCUCAUAGUGGGUACAGCGUGGGACAAUUUCUCACUUACCAUAUGA